AUGGGAUACUUUGCCAAUAACACUUCAAAAGAAAACCACUCUAAAAGCUCCGCUUCAUCUCAAUCUGGAAGUGGCAGCGGUGAGGAGUCAAAAAGCAAGUCAAGCAACUAUGGAUCUAAAUCUGGCAGUCAGACCGGCAGCCAGUAUAGUAGCCAAAGUCAGACUGGCAGCAAAAGUCAAUCUGGCUCCUCAAGUCAGUUCUCUAGUAGCGGACCGAAAAGCCAAGACAGCGCCAGCAAAUCGCAUGUAAAGUCAAAGGAAGAGGGAAAACAGGAUAAACACAUAUUUGAUCGCAUUGCCGCCGGUGAAAACGUCAAUGGCUCUUUUCAGGCAAAGAAUCCGCCGUCCUCAAAGGCAGCCCAAGUGAAGGAUGGCAGUCAGACUCAUGGACACGUCCUCCGUGCUGGACACUACCGCUACUCGCCAGGCUUUCAGCAAGUGCGCCAUGGAUACCAGGAGAAAAAGAACAAAGAGGGAACUAAAAGCCAAGAGAUAUCAUCUCAAAAAGCAUCUUCGAUCAAAUCGUCCACGCAGGCAAAAAAAAUGACUUCUGAUGAGGCAAUUCAAAAGUCGGUUAAGUCUGACGAGCAAAACAAGACAAAUAAAGGCUCAGAGAAACCGCUUUUUGGCACUUUGUCUGAACGCAAACCCAAAGCGACUACUAGUGAUAAAUCGCUGACCCUAAAGAAAACUCCAUCAGAAGAGAACAAAUCCUCUAACAAGCAGCAGCAAACUUCAAAGUCUCAUGAGGAGAAAAGUCACCACUGA